UAGGAUUACAUAGCUUGGGUGGAGCCCAGCCUCCUAGAGAUAAACCCAUUCAUGAUGAAUCCACUUUUUAUCAUCACAUAUCAUCUUAUCAUGGACAAAGUCAGCCACAUAGAUGUUGUUCCUAAGAGUUUUAUCACAUGACAUGGGACAACACUACUUCCAAUCAAAUGCUGCUGUAAAAGGUCCAUGUUAUCAUUUUUGUCGUGCUAUCACACUUCUGCCCAUCCUGUUCCUUGUGGGACAAAUCAGAGCAGUAGCUUACGUAGGUAUCUGUUAAUUAAUGAUAAGACGUUUUACAGAGGGCAGAGUAUUUUCUCCUGCUGUGGGAUUUUACUACACAGCAUUUGACAGCCUGGAGUAGGAGGACGCACAAUGAGUAAGCCAUUAGCUCUGCUUUUUCCUUUAAUUAAGCUGUUUGUUUUGCACCUGUGAACCAGUAUUCCCGUGCACCAUGCUUUAAAAGAUAAGCCGCAUGGACUCUGUGGACUUAUUUUAAGUUUUCUUUUUCUUUUUUAUCUCACAAAGUACACAGAAACACAGCUUGUUAUGUGUUUGGCAUUCCUGCCUGUUAGCGUUGUAUCUGCUCUCCUCAAGGCUGCUACAUGUUAGAGUUGAACAAUGACUGUGUUUUUCAGUGGAGCCCAACGGUGUCCAGCUUAAAAAUGUAACCAACAACAAUGGAAAUGGUGUGGACAACCCGGCUUUUGAAAUAGAGGUACGUUUCACUCUUGAUUUUGAAAGGCAUUUGGCUCAACAUGAUCUUCUUUUGAAAUAAAGUGCCUUUACUUUCUUAGGCGGACAACAUUUCAGAUACUAACAGCAUCAAAAACAAGACUAAUAAGACUAAAAGGGGAGUGGGAUCAUACCUCAGGUGUGUCUGCUGGUGAUUUUCUUUCAUUGUAAAGAUGUACAUUUUUGAUUAUGAUGAGUGUGCUUCUGAGUGUGCACGUGCAAAGCAGAAAUUCCCUGCUAAAGUAAAUGCACUAAAUGUGAGUGGUUACCAUACUGUUUGUGCCAUAGAAUGUGUGUGCUUUUUUCCCCUGCUCUAACAUUCAAGAUUGUAAAAAAAUAGGAAAAUAGGUAUCACGUGAUAAAACUAACUCUAUGACUGCAUUUACAAAGACAUGAUUCAAACAGAGUUGUAUUUUUAAAACAUUUUGACCUUGCUUUUUUUUUUUAUCCUGUCCUCCAGCAAAGUUGCAAAGCCCAUAAAUGCCACAGAGGAUUACAUCAAAGCUCACUCCAAAACCUUCAAAUAUGUUGUUUUGGGCCUACUAGGAGCAGGUAAUAUCAAAACCCUGUUUGUAGUUAACUCUCUGCAGAUGUUUAUUCACUUGUAUCCUCUUAUUUUUGUUGAAGACCAUCAAAGAAAAUAGUUUUCAUGUGACUGGUGGCAGUCAUUGUCUGUCUUCUGCUCUUGUAUCCCUUCUAGGUUAUGUGGCAUACUUUGUUGCAGCCUGUGUUUUGAAUUUCGAUCGGGCCAUUGCUCUCGUCGUCCUGACUAGCUUGGCUAUUGUGUUCAAAUCAUACGAACUUGUGAAAGAGUACAAGGGAGAAAGCAUCAGUCAGUGUUUCAGACCUGCGGUUAAAUGCUUUAAAAGAAACUUGAAAUGGAUGCGAUGGUAAAUAAACUUCAUUUUUCACACAGUGCUACAAUGAGCUGUGCAUAAAUAAUCUUUCAGAAAGUGAAAAUGUGUUUUAUUUUGUUUGCAGGGUUUUUAUUGUAGUGGUUCUAGCCCUGUUUGUGACAUGGCUUGCCGUAGACACAAGCAAACGCCCGGAGCAGCUCAUCUCUUUUGCAGGUGUCCUCAUGUUCAUCCUUCUGAUAUUUUUGUUCUCAGCACACAGGGCGGCGGUGAGUGUUGCAGAGAUCGCGCUGUAGAUGAGUAAUAACUCUUAUGACAGCUGUUUCGAAACAUUCUUAUCUCUUGACUUAUCUCAUCCCUGUUUCGCUAGGAUAUUAUUUGUCCUUGUAAACCUGUCAUUAAAAAGGUUUAGCGUAAGUGUUUCCUUGUAAUAACAAGGAGCCUCUCUGAUAUGGCUGUAAUCUUAGUCCUUCCUUAUUUUUACAAUUCUUUUUUCAGAUAUCAUGGAGGCCUGUACUUUGGGGUCUUGGGUUGCAGUUCUGCAUUGGCCUUUUUGUCAUACGAACACAACCUGGACUCAUAGCCUUUGAAUGGCUGGGAGAUCAAGUGAAGGUGGAUGUUUUGUUAUGUAAUCUAAACGAUAUCUCUGAUUAGAUUAUCAGUAUUUUUUGUUGUACAGAUAAGCAAGAGAAAAUGCAGGUAUGCAUCUAAAUUUUACACUAUCAAUGUAUGUGUACGUCAUCCCAACUGACUCAUGUGUUCUUAGGGUGUCUGACUAAAACAACACAUGAUCGUUGUUGCAGAUUUUAGAUACUUUAUGACUCCAAUUACAAAAUAAGUUGGCAGGCUGUGUAAAAUGUCGAUUAAAAACAGGUUUGAUGGUUUGCUUAUCAUUCCAACCAAGGAACCAAAGAAUAUCAGAUGGGCUGGGUUCACAUGGAAACUGUUGUGGUCUGACAAAUCAAAGUUGACAUCUAUUUUUGGAAAUUGUUAAAGCAUCUCCCUCUGAUUUAAGAGAAAAGAAUCAUUAUAUUGUAGUAGAAGAGUCUGGGGGUUAAAGUGGCUUGUCUGCAGUCUCGACUUUUCUUUCACUGAAAACAUUUGGUGCAUCAUAAAAUAGGAAAUGACAAAGGAGAUCCUGAACUAAAGAGCAACUGAAAUCCUCUCUAUCAGACAAGGGCAGAAAAACAUGUCACUUUAAAAACACCAGAAACUACUUUCCUGGGGUCUCUGACACAUUUCAGUGGUGUUGUUAAAAGACUGGGAAAUGCAACUCAAUGCUGAACAUGCCCCCGUCCUAACAAUCAAAAUACGUUUUAGUGACAUUUGACAUAGCAUUGUAACUUUUUGAGGUUGUAUUAAUGUAACGUAAUUGUGAGUCAUAUGCACAAUUCUGUUUUUUUUCUUAGGCUUCCUGUGAAUCACACUCUGAGUUUCUUAUCCACCAGAGUACAUUACUGUCGAACUGAAGGCUUAUCUUUAGAGCUACUUUAUCAGGCCAUUUGACCUAUUCAUAGGUUACUCAACGGUUAGGUUAAUUUGGGAACAGACGUGUAGCCUUUUAAUGACCUUUUAAUGUGAAGUGCAGCCCACUGUGUCUUCUGGUUUGUAGAUUUGUUUGCAUGAAAUCUAAAUAAUUAAGUUGUAGUGUCUUGGGAUCUAAAAUGAAUGGACAUAAGAAAAAUAGUGAUAAUAAAUGAGCAUGUCUCCUCUUUCUGCUAUGACAGAUUUUUCUUGAUUAUACCAGAGCAGGGUCAUCCUUUGUCUUUGGUGAUAAACUGAUCGAUGAAGUCUUUGCCUUCCAAGUAAGUCACCCAGUGAAUGAAUGAAUGAGUAUGUGCAUCUUCUUACCAUCGUUAUAAGUUUUUUUUAUAUUGAAUGUGUUUAUAACUUGAGUUUUUCUUCCUGUUUUCAGGCUUUGCCAAUUGUUAUCUUCUUUAGCUCAGUGAUGUCUGUCCUGUACUUCUUGGGGAUCAUGCAGUGGCUCAUUUUGAAGGUAAAAAAUGGGUUGUAUAUGCUAUUUUAGGCUUGCAUGUAUUUUUCUUACACAUACAGUGAUGUGCGUUGACCGAAUGCCAUGUGUUUUUCUCCACACAGAUCUCAUGGGUUAUGCAGAUAACGAUGGGAACUUCACCCACAGAGACCUUGAGUGUUGCAGGGAAUAUAUUUGUUGGACAGGUAAACUGUUCAAGUCUAAUACUGUUUGGAACAGUAUCUGCACUGUAAAUAUGAAACUCAACAAGUGUCACAUGCUUUGUAUCAAGGCUAUGAUAACAUUAACAAUAAUCAAUGACUGAUUUUGAGUAAAUUGAGUCAACUCUACUUGUGUAACUCUGCUUCAUGUUUUUCUGUGCAUCAGACUGAGGCUCCACUCUUAAUCCGCCCCUACCUGAAGGACAUGACUAAAUCUGAGAUCCAUGCUGUUUUGGUUGGUGGAUUUGCUACAAUUGCAGGCAGUGUCAUGGGAGCAUUUAUCUCAUUUGGGGUGAGGCAAUGCUGCUUUAAUUUUACCAUAUCAGGCACACAGAAAAUUUCAGACUCAACGUUAUGGGGCCUAGGGAUGAACCUUGGAGUGUGACAUACGAAAUGCUCAUUUUCCCUGAACCAUAAUCUGUCGCUGAAAACCUUCACGACGAUUAGCGUUGUAUUUCAUAGUGUAUCUAAUCCAAUACCAUUGUAUGCUGUAAAUGCAAUACAUUUGGAUAAUGACAAUUACCAAAGAUAGAUUAUCUUUGCUGAUAGUUGUCUAGAUGUAACCGUCUGCUACAUUAAGAAUAGUGUUGUGUCGUUCUCGAAUGAUUCAUUCAAAAGAACCAAAUCCUCUAAGUGACCGUAGUGAAUUGAAUCAUUUCCUCAAGUGAUUCGUGUUGGUGCGUGUGAGGGACUGAAUGCACCAACACCUGAAUCACUUUGUGAACGAAUCACGCAGUGAGCUACACUCUCCGGAAUCAUUUUUGUCUGAGGGAUACACUUUCAUGGCGACUGUUGUUCCCUGUUGUUUUAACAGAUUUUGUUCCCUAAAACUAAACAAACUUAAAAAGUGUUAGGCUGGCAGUAAUGAGGAGAGAGUGAGACUCACCAGCUGUAGCAAGCUCUUGAAAGGAGUGACGGAGGGAGACUAUGAUCUGAACUGAUCCCUGAACCGUUUAGCUGUGUUUCAGUUCAGGAAGUCGGAGUCGAAUGAUUCGGGGAUUCAGGAACGAAUCUUUUGAAUGAAUUGAUUCUAGUGAUUCAGUACAUCUAAAAGAACUGCCGUGCCCAUCACUUAUUAAGGAUAUAAAGCAUAAACUUCUAAUGUAAAGUGUUAAAUAAAACAUUGUUUCCGUGCUAGCAGGACUUCUUUAACAACAUACACAUCUUUUUAUUGCAGAUUGAUGCCUCCUCCUUGAUAUCUGCAUCUGUGAUGGCUGCUCCUUGUGCCUUAGCCAUCUCCAAACUGUCUUUCCCAGAGACAGAGGAGAGUCCCUUCAAGUCAGAGAAGAAUAUCAAAGUAGACUGUGGGUGAGUAUAUCUGUUGCGCCAUUUAUUCGCCCCAUUCACAAUAUUUCUGCUUGCACUUAUGAGUUAAAUUACAUGUCCAUUUGUUUUACUCUGCAUAGAGAUGAACAGAAUAUUUUGGAGGCUGCUAGCAGUGGAGCUUCUGCAUCUAUAGGACUUGUUGCUAACAUUGCAGCAAAUUUGGUUGCCUUCCUUGCCAUUCUUGAGUUCAUAAAUAGUGCUUUGAGUUGGCUCGGAGGUAUGGUGGGAUUCCCGGAUAUCACAUUUCAGGUAUGUUAAAGCAACAACUAUAUAAAAAAUUAUAAUAAUACCACAAAACAUUUUGUAAUCUUGAUAUACUCAAAUUUUAUGUGUUACUUAUGCAUCUGCUUCACAGAUCAGGCUGGCUUUGAAAGAUGAAUUCCAACAAUAUCUAAACCUUUGUCCUCUUGUAUUUACAGCUUAUUUGUUCGUACGUGUUCAUGCCCAUUGCCUUUAUGAUGGGAAUACCAUAUGACGAAGCUUUCAUCGUGGCUGAACUAAUUGGCACAAAGCUCUUCCUCAAUGAGUUUGUUGCCUAUGAGAAUUUAUCUGAGCUACAGCACAAAAGACUCACUGGCGGUGAUGAAUUUAUUGAUGGAGUAAAACAAUGGAUAUCUGUGAGUGCAUGUUCUGAAACUGAGUUUGGAUUUGUUACAGUCAAAAUUCAUAUGCAUAUUUAUGUAACAAAAAAGAACUUAGUACACCACAGGAUUUGGGACAUCGUUUCUGUUCUUGUUUCAGGUCAGAUCAGAAAUCAUUACCACUUAUGCUCUUUGUGGAUUUGCCAACUUCAGCUCACUGGGUAUCGUGAUUGGAGGCCUAUGUAAGCAGUUCAGAGUUUUGUCCUGCAUCAUAAAAAACUAAUCAGCCACCUGGAAAUAUUUUCCUAAAACAGAGUUGUUUUUUCCCCCACAGCUUCUAUCUGCCCGUCCCGACGAGGUGAUGUCUCAGCCCUGGUGGUAAGAGCUAUGAUCACUGGGACUUGUGUGUCUCUUGUCAAUGCUUGCAUUGCAGGUAGGAGCUUUUGGAUUACUCUGACAGAGCAAUAUACUGUUUUCUCUCUGCAGUUGAACUAAUUUGUCUUGAUCUAUUCAUUUAGGAAUCCUCUUUGUUCCUCCACCACUUGACUGUGUCGGCCUGUUUCAGGGAUCUGCUUUUAAUGCCUCAAAUAUAGAUAUACAAACAUGCUGCAAAGACCUCUUUGCAAGGUGAGUAGAUAUAUAUUUUUUGGCAGGAUUUAGACAGAAAGGAAACAUUCAUUAAGAAGAUUUUAGAUGUGCACUUCAUAUUUGAGUACUUCUCUUGCUGUGUUUUAUUAGAUCUUAUAUCAUAAAUCAACUCUUUUACAGCACUGUGAACAAUGGGACCUCGUUUGAAGGAUCUUGGAGCACAGUAGCGAACGUAACUUUGUUUUUCUCCGAGUGCUGUAAGUGUUGUGGUCUAUCUGAGGCAGUUUGUAUGUAGUAGGGAUAAGUGCACAACACUUAUUUUUCUACUGUAAUAAGUUUGCGUGUUUAUGUCCUCAUUGUAAAAAUACCUCUGUAAAUAAGUCUCCUCUAAGAUGAAUGUAAAUUUCAUGUUUUUAUUACAAUUGAUUUCAGUUUAACACAUUAAGCAGAUGUUCUUUCAGACACAUAUACCUCAGCAAAUACUCAGGCAUGAAUGUAAAUAUUUCUCAUAAAUUGUGACUGAUUUUUAUAAUAACUUUUUUUAAUUACAUGCUAAUUGGCACAGCCAAAACCUAAAAGCAUGAGCUAUGUUAGAUGCAAAUACUCUUUUAUUUAAAAACUAACUGAUAUCAUUAAAAAGACAGGACACUGGGAAUCACAUUUAUUAUUCUUUCCAGAGUACUCAUUCAUUUUCUCAUUCACUCGCUCACAGUUUUAACAGUUUUUGUUUAAAAAUCAGGUAUGUAGUUCCUUGACUAAAUAUAACUAUUUAUGUACACAUAAAUACAACAGUUUGUUUGUAUGACACAAAGCACCUACAAGUCUGAACUGUGACCCCUUUUGAAUGUACUUUGGACUUUUCUGUCAUUAACAAUAAAUUGUUUUUAUAGUGAUGGCAGAUAAAGUUAAAGAGUGGUGUUUUGAACUUAUCUGAAGACUUUGAUUUAUCAUCAAACAACAAUACUUCCAUAAACUCUCAAAGGAUCUGAGGUAUGGCAAUGGACUUCUGUUGAGAUUAAAUCAUGGGUAGAUGUGCCAGAAUGCUUUCAUUAAUGUUGCUGGCUUUGUGACUUAGAAUAAGAUCUAAAAAUUGGUCGGCUUAUCAAGUCUGCAUGAGCAAAGCCUCCUGCUUCAUUACAUAAAACUUAUUUUACACAGGGAGCUUUAGCCUGCUUUUACAAGGCGCCUGAAGGUUCUGAGUCAGCUUUUCGCUCACAGUCCAGAGGUCAGUAAUUGUGUGGAACUCACUGAGCAGCUUUUCUUGUACUUAGGAAAACAUUUGCAUGUCAAUGAGCAUGAGCAUACCAUAGUUCAAGAGUUUACUAGUAAGCUCCUUGUUGCUUAUUGCUUUGGACGAGGCAUUCACCACUAUAUUUUCUGAAAUACUAUAAGACACAUAAAAGUACUCAAAGACAUACUACAAAACAACACAAAAAAGUGCACACAAACAUCUCUUACCAAAAAAGGGAGCUGUAUUUUAACAGCAUGAGCUCAACUGUAACGUGAAAGGAAAUGUUGGGUAAUCGGUUCUAAUGCAAACUAUAAAUAGCAUUUCCAAAAUAAACUUUAUGCCCUUACUCUAACAUACUGUACAUGACACAUGAGCAUGCAGCAUCUUAUAAAGACAAAUUACCACAACCUACCCGCUGACGUUUGUGCUAAAAUUUUCUAAAUCAAACAACCUGUGUUUUAAAACAAAAUGUCACUGCAAAUUCUAUGGUGUGAUAAAAAGUUCAGUGAUUUUUUGAGUUUUGCUCGGAAAGACAUUUGUGCAGCUGAAAUGAUACUACCUUAAGGUGUUUUAAACCAUUUUAUCAAAGUGUAAUGUCCAAUCUGGUGUGGACUAGUGUUGCUUUUCUGUGCUGUAAAAGUUUAAAAAAAGAAAAAAAAAAACACUGAUAUAGCUGUGUGGUGUCUGUGACACAGCAAUGUGAGCUAUAAAGCCAUUAAACCCAUGCACACUGCUCCAAACAUCCUCAUAAAUCAUUUAACAACAGAAGGAGGAUAUUUGUAUGCCUCAUACUGUAACUGCAAUGCCAACAGAAAAAAUUCACAGUAAUCUUUUACGACAAGUCAGGUCUUCAAUAUUUUCCCUUUCUUUUAAUCUCACUCUUCAAGUCUUGCUGGCUUUAGAAACUGGAAAAAACUGGUAACACUUAAAAGCAUUAAAAUUUUGUUUGAAACCAUAAGACACAUUUUUCUACCUCAUUUCCAGAGCAUCAGGAGUUUCUACAGGCUUCUGUUUGAGGCCGGGUUUAUUGUCCUCAGUCUCUUGAACUUUUUUAGAUACCUUUGGGCUAGAAUUUGCCUUUCUAAGCAUCUGCGGGCUGUGUCCUUUCCGCUGCAACUGUGGGCUGGAGCCCAACUUGCGGUUAAGCAGAGGGCUCCGGGAGCCCUUUGUCUUUAGAGGGUGCAGGCCUAGAAGUCCGCAGUAGUAGUUGCACUGAUGACUUGUCGGGAAUUGUUCGAAUACUUCUGGAGAGCCAUUCUCUGUUAGUCCUUGGUAUCUAAAUUACAGAGGACAAGUAUUAUUUCAGCUUUUUAGUACAAGACAAAUGCAUAUAUCUGCAUGUAUCUGCUAGCCUAUGUAUACAAACCCUUUUGACUUGGUCACAACUCUGACAUUUGUCAUCUUUGUUUCAACACCUAAAAAAUAAAAAAUGAUGGCACAGAAUAAAUUCCUCAAAAAUCUCACAAAUUGAUGUAUUUUUGCUUUAGUCAUGAAUUUGCACGUCUUACCCUCCAGCCGAGUGACCAGCAGAUUCCCAUGUGUCCAUUGAUGGAUCCAGUGUUGGAAGGUGCUGCAUUUCUGCUCCACCUCAGAAGAGGUUUGAGUAAUCAGCUUGCCUUUAGAGUCUAUUGUGCAGUAAUUUUGGAAAUCACCCGUCAGAUCAGCCUCCACUGUGGCGUAUGGCACAGAGUUUGCAGGCCGGUACAUGAGAUACUGAGGGAUAACUCUGCGUGCAUAACAAAAGAGCCGUAUGUUGAUAACAAGCAAUAUUAUACAUUUAAAUAAAAAUCAUUUAUUUCAGCUGCUUUACUCACUCAAAUGAGGAGCCAAAGUUUUCAGUGACUCUUGUUUCAGCUGCAAAGAUUUUACAAUACUCUCGGAUCAUGUUUUGGACUUUGCAUUCCUGGCAACACAGAGAGAUUAAUGAAGCAGAUUAAUGCACUGCAACUGUAAACACAACUUUAUUGGGUACAAUUUGACAAAGAUUCCUUUACUAUAAAUCCACCACUCACUUGUUUAGUAAUUUCUAGGUUUCUCUCUGCAAGGUUGCUCUCCUGUUUGGUCCCGUAGGCGAUGGGAUUUUGGACUUUGAUGACACAGGCACUUCCAGACUCAAAGAUUGGAUCCAGGCCAUAAAUGACUUUUACUUUGCUCGCCUUGUGGGCACAGCCCUCUCCAAUGUUUGCUGCCUCAGUCAUGAUUCGGCCAAAGUACUUGUCACCCCAGUUACCACUGUCAGCCAGACCUCUGGUAAACAGCAUUGGAGUCAUCUCAAUCUCCUCUCCAACUAACGCAAAAUGGAAACAGAUGUUUUCGUGAGUGAAAAGUGACGGAGGAUAAAAAAAAAUGUUUUACAGCUGACUGAAAAGUUUACCUUCCAGAUCAUCUUUAAGGAGUAUCUCAGAUAGAACUGUAAAACACAAAACAAAUACACUCAGAAGGGUUUAAUUGAAGGGUGGAUUUAAAGUGUUGUCUCACUUUUUCAUACUGUAUCUUACUGUCUUCACUGAGCAGGAAGUCAGUCAUAUCACUUCCAUAUUCAUUUUUGAUGGAGCAGCCGUAAACUCCACAGUCUCCAUUUGAUGCUAGAACAAUAGCCAGAGCGACUUGGCUCUCAUCUCCACCACUUGAGAACAAACAAAAAAAAAAAGGGAAAAACAAAUAAUCACAGAUUUGUCAGACUUUGCAGAACCGUUUCUAACCUCUAAGACUCAUCAACAACCCACAAGGUGUCACUGUGAGACAAGCAUUAAUGCUGUGAGGCAGCAGUCUGCUGACACAGCAGUCAAAGCACAUAUAUAGACCUUUAAUGCCCCCUGCAGAUGGGAAAAAUACUGUGUCAGGUUACAGUUUCUGUGUCUAGCCAGAGAUUCACCUCUCUGUGUCACAGCUGUGGGGUUCACAGUCACAUGAGCGCGACGUCUCUGCAGUGACAAUAUGAGAAUGACAGAAGGCCAUGGGAUGCACUCUGAAUCCUUGUAGCAUUAUUGUUUCAUAUUUGGAACCUGUCCAUUUUUACCAGUCAUGCUGAGCUGGAAGUCUUCAACACAAUAGCAGCAAAAAAGGUGACAAGUUGUAAUGUCAACACCUACAAGAUAUUGAAUGAUAUGAUAUGUUUCACAGGUGGUUUGAAUAGUGUCAGCCGUAGUGUCAACUGAGGGGAAUUUACCUUCUCUUCAGCUCCAGUAUUUCCUCCUCAUCCCUGAACCACUUUAUGGUGGAGUCACUGAGCACAUUGAAGAACUGGCACCACAGCUUCAGGUGUCCGGAGGCAUCUGGGAAUGGCUCCCCCCUGAUCUUUCGGAUGACCUGUGGAGCUGUAGGCGCGUGAGAGAGGGGUAGAGGAGCCCAAAGUAAAUAUAUACUGUACUAGAGAGCAGUGACCUGUUUAUGUUACCUCAACCACAGCAUACUUAUCAGACCUUUGUUUUUCGACAAACAGUUCAUAUGUGAAAAUUACACAAAGGGUGAAUCAAACAAGUGAGGUAUGUUACACUUUGGAGUGCUACCUAAAAGCUCAUGAAUCUAUUUUUUACAUAAGUUUUUAAUUUUGUCAAAAGAUCAGAUCUUCUCUUGAAAAAAAUCCUCUUUCUCCAUGUUUCUUUUUUUACCUUUUAAAGGGUCAAGCUUCUUCUCUGGUUUCUCCUCUCGUUUGGUGCUGGUUUGUUCUUCUUUGGGAGUCUCCUCCACGACUUUUGGCACCUCCAGGGUGAUCUUUCUGCGGCUCAGCAGUGGUGAGCGUCUCUCCAUUGGCGGGGUACUCUGUCCCGUGGGAGCUUGUAGUAAUGCUGCUCUGCGGGCCUGGCUGGGAGACAUAUAGGGGCUUUCUUUUUUGCCCUGAGUAUCAAGCACACCAACAAUCGCCCCUUCUCCAUCUUCUUUUGGUUUUGGGAUGAAUAUUUUGCGGCGAGCUCCAGAGGCUAACUCCUCAGGUGUUGCAGAUCUUAUAAGUGACAGGCUGUCUCUGCGUUUCAGCCGGGGACUGCUUUCACAGGAAAGGGACGAUGUUGGCGUUGAGCCUCCGCUUAGAUCUUCAUCUGCCUUGUCGCUCUGUCGGUCACUUGUCGUGACUGUAACACUAUCUGUGUCUGAAGCUGCUUUGGACAUGAAUUUUCGCAGACUGGAUGGGCUCAGUGAUGGGUAUGUGGGGGGUUUAGAGCAGAGUCUUUCACCAGAGGAUCUGUUCCUUUGCAAGUCCUCCAAAGACACGUAAUUCUCUGUCUUUGUCUCUUUGAGGGAUUUCAAGACAAUGUUGUCGUCUGCUGUUUUACUAGAUAAAGACCCACUGUCCCCAACCUUUGGCAUCAAAGCUUCAUCUAUCAAAGAGGGAAUUUUCUCCUCUAUACUGUUAUCUGUAAUUUUUUCAUGAUCAGUGGUUGUACUAUUAUUGCCAACAUCACUCUCUAUUCCCCUUUGCAUGACAUUUGGAGUUUCUGUUAGUGUGUGUUCACUUUGAGUGGGCUGUCUAAGUACAGGAUCACUUUCAUAACAAGUAACAGAGAUUGGUGGCACCACAAACAGGGGCACUGUUGCUGUUUCAGAAGGCUGCUGUGGAUCUGACACAUGGCUGUUCACAUACACGCCGUCGUCCUUGUCAUCAGUACAUAAAACAUUAAUAACAGGAAUGGAUGUCAAUGCUAUCUGUUCACCGCUUGUCAUGGGUAGCUGCUCUCGCUCAAACAUUUCUGUCUUGUCAUACAAUUGCGCAACUUCCUCAAUUUUUUUUGUGGGUGAGAGGUUAUAAUCACUCUGCAUACCUAUCUGCGUGGGUAACAAGCUUUGAUAAUCAGUGACUUUCUUGUUUUGGACUGUUUCAUCAGCCACGCAAGUCGUGUCAUGGCUUUGCAGAGUAGCAGGCUCAGAUUCAAGCUUAGUCAGCGCUAAAAUGGUUAGUGGCAGGGUGCAUUCUUUGAGCUCAGGCUCCAUGACUUCAACUUGAGGGAUCAUAAAAAUCUCAGUUGGUUUUAUCUCUGGGGUGUCCUCAACGGUAGAUAUUUGUAUCUGAGGAAUAUUCUCUAUCUGCUGCCUCUCAUUGUCAUCUUGAUGUUCUUCCACAACAUUCACAUCAACCUCCUCGUUUCGCGUCACUGAAAGGUUCCCUGCUUCUUCCAGCUCCUCUACCUCUAUUUCACUCUUCAUUUCCGUCCCCACCUCAAAUGGUAAACUCUCACUCCUUGCUUCAGUGUUCUCAGCCUCUAAAAUUUCCCGGUCUUGUGUUUGAAGAUUAUUGGACAGCUCUGCUCUCUCUAAAACAGGACUUUCUACAUUACCACAAAAACCUAAGUCUGAACUCUGAAUCACACUGACAUUUAGGAUCUCUGUACUUUCCUCUUGUGCAGGAGAUGUGUACUCUUGCUGUAUUUCUAGGUCACCCUUCUUUAGACUCUCUGGGGGCAAACUCGGCGGAUAUCCUACAUUCAUUUCCUGAGGUGAAGCGUGUUCAGAUUCAUCUUUUACAUCUUCUCUUUCUUGACUGUAUGCUGUCACUGCAUAUGGGGUUGACAGCAACUGAUCUGGCGUUUUAGGUUCACGUGGCUCUAUUCUCUCUUCCAACGAAGAUGUUGUCAGUUCAGUAAUCUCAGAUCUAUUCACGUCCAAGCAUGGGGGUUGGUUUAAUUUCGCUUCAACUUUCUCUUCCUCAUGUAACUGAUUGAAGGAACAGCUCUCUUCUGUGCUAGGCUCACUUUCUUUGUCCAUACCGUCAACACCCAGCUCUUCCUCUUGCGUAGUUUCAGAGGGAGCCUCCGCAGGGCUGUGCCUGUCUGAUGAUAAGAUAACACUGGGAGGGGGAGUCAAGCUUUCUUCCAAACUAGAGAGGGUAGGGGAGGACUCUUCUUCAAUAGAGGGUUGAAGAUUUGGCAUGACAGGUACAUCUCCUGGAAGUGAAGAGUCAUCUACCACUGCCUGGUGAUUGGGUAGUGGUGAAACUUCUGGGGAUUCAGGUUGUUGCUGGAGUGUGGGACUGGCCUGACAAAAUAAAAGAAACAAAACAAUAAAGUUUAAGCUGUGUUAUGUCUUUUGAAAUACAAUUGAUUAAACAUGUCUUUACAUUUAACCUUGAUUUAAGCAGGAGAAGCUCAUGGAGAUGAAAUAUCUUAGUUGAAUAGUGUUCCGGCAACAACAUAGUUUAUAAAGUUUCUCACAGUCAAUGAGCAGCCGUGCAUAAAAACAUAAUAUAAAGUCAAUAAGACAUUAAAAAAACAUGUGAUAACAGAAUGAGACAGCAAAUGUUUGUCAAAAUCAAUCAGUCAUGAGUAUACAAGCAGAAUACUUUUAGAUGGAUCUCCUUCCAAAUUCUUGAACAUCACCUAAAACCACACAAACCCAGGUUAAUUUACCCGCUCUUUUCGCACUUCAACCCAAAGUAAAGGGAGCAAAUGUUUUUUCCCCUGUCAGUGCUGACCUUUGGAACAAACCUCAAGAAAAGCCCCUGGGACCAAAGGUUAUAAACUAUAAGUGUAACUAUAAUUGAGAAUACUGUAGUGAUUUAGACUAAAUGCAGACACAGAUGACUCUACACUUCUAGUUUUUAUCUUUAUUGCUGCAAAGAGCAAAGAGACAUCCUCCUGGGGAAAACAUGUUGAGGAUUUUAAAGUGUUUUUUAGAAGCUUGGAACAAGUAACUAGCUUCUGUGACCUUUGACAGUGUGACACCACAACACUUUUAGACUGAGACACAUUUCCCUGCCAUAAAUCAUCCGAAAUAUUAACAAUGACAUCCAUGACAAACUUAGUUUUCACUGUAGUGUUAUACAAUGACAGACUGUUAGACCACAAAAAAGUUCACCAAUUACUUGUUCAUUUGCGGGCAGUUAUUCAUCCAGAAAAUAUGCAGAGCAGCCAAGGUAAGUCAAUAUAUCCCAGUGUUUUAUGGCAUGUCAGCUUAUUUUAGGAACUUUAUUACGUCAUGUCACGUGCAAGGGAGCUGAAGCCGAAUGUUUACACUGACAUGGUUCCUGUUAAGUGUUUGAAAUGACCCUUAACCUUAUUCAAGCGGUUAUCUGUAUCUGAUCAACUUCUUCUUGACUGUGUUUAAGGUGCUUGUGUACUGACAAGGAUAUGUUUGAGCAGGGGCAGGGUAAUUCCCACAUGAAUAACAAAGGUGUGUCCCUUUUAUAGAGAGCUGUCUGGGAAAUUAAUAUAUAACAACUCCUCUUUCUCUCUGCAAAAACAAGACAGUCAUUCAGUCUUCGUGUAAAUCUGCUGUUAACACUCUCAUAAAUAAUACUCCAAAAAAGAUAUUUAAUUUGACUGAGAGAAGACUCAUACGUAAGGCUUAAUAUAGAGGUGUUGUUGAGUGGGUCUUUCCCCUGUCCGUCCUUUAAUUUUAAUUCAUUCAGAAGAGCAGCAGAGGCGCAGUCUGCCUCGUGACAGCCUGUUUAAGCAGCAGCGCCUGCAAAGAAAAAAGAAGUUGCUGCUUUCGAUGCAAGGAAACUGGUAGGAAACAUACAGUCUAAAAGUGAAGCUGUGGUCGUCACUACACCUUCACAUGUAAAUAAAUAUCACAGUCACGAGUUUAACAUUGUUCAAAACGGGGCUUGACUUCCUCCGCUUAUCAAAUUAUGAAUGUAUUGGAAGUAAAGUUGUGGUUCCACAUGAUAGAAAUACAAUAGAUCUGUAAAUGGAUAAUGACUAAAUAUAGAUAUUUCAGUUCCCUUUUCUGUUAGUUAUUUUGUGUCACAAAUUGUAUGGCUGCUUCCUUGGCAAAGAGUCUCUUGCACAAGAGAUGUUAAAUCUAAAUGGGACUCUCCCGUUAAAUAAUGUUUGAACCAAAAUAGAAAACUGUGUGAAGUUGUUAAGCCAUUAUAUUUGCUCAUCAUCAUUAUAUUCGAAGCAAAAAAGAACUGAACAAUUACUGAAACACAGAAUACAAAAAGAUAUUGUUUUGGGUUUCAAAAAGAUAUUGUUUCAUGUAUGCACUAACUUUCUCAUCUCUCAGAUGACUCAGUAGAGUUCAAUCUUAUAUGGCCUCUCAGAAACUGUUUGAUGACUGACAAAUUAAUUUGAUUUUUAAUUAAUUUUAGAUAAAAAAAUGAAUGUUGUCUCUUUAGGGCACAGGAAAUGCUCCAUAUAAGGAUGUAUACUGCUGUAUUUCUGAAGGAUAAAAAAGGUUUGAACUUGUUCACUUCAGAAGAUAUGAAUGAACACAAUCAUAUAAAUAAGCUGAGGCCAAAGCAGUCAGAUUAUCAAACUGUGUUAAGUCAAUAUGACCCUAAAUAGAGCAAAAACAAUAAACCACCUGAUAUCAUAAUAAGGUUUACUACUGUUCAGGCAUCCACCUUAUGGCACAUCAGUCAUAAAAUGAUUAACCAAGUACCCUACACGUGACAGACAUAAAACAACGCUCUGAGCUGAACACAUAGGUGACAGGAGUACAGCCUUUCCCCUUCACUGCGACAAGAACAAGAAGGGGUUUAUUUUAAGAUAUGGGGGGGCAGCGAGGAAUUUGUUCAAUGUGACGAGGCCCUUCUUUCAAGCUGAGGCCUGCCGCAGAAGUUUCUCUGCUACCGUUCAUCCAGACCACACAGUCGCCUGUCAUGCAAAGCCCUGUUUGAAACGUGAGAACUACUCCCAACACUCAAGUUU